CAAUGGAUUUUGCAAAGGAAAAUAAAUUCCAAUAGUGAAGCAUUUCUGAAUUUUAUUCUUCGUUAGAAUAUUCAAAUAUUAGUUUUUUAAUCAUUUAUUUAUCAUUGGUGAUUAAUUGUAACAGUAUUUAAGUGAGAAAUGUUGGUGUAAAAGGCCAAGAUAUUUUUUACGCAGUGCUGUGAAAAUUUUCUAUUAGAAGCACACGACGAAAAAAGGAGUACAAGGCAAAAGUAAAAGGCAGCAGGCUGGUUAAUGAGCAAAUUGAAUCAUAAAUUGCAAAACCCAGCAAAAUCAAUUAAACGCAAUGGAAGAGAAACGGAUUGCUGACUAUUUUGUAGUCGCUGGCAUGCCAGAACAACCGCAAUUGCUACAGGAGAAUAUAUUUAGCGAAUCUGGGCAUUUACGUGCUGCCAAUACCAUUGAACCUAUAACAGAUAUUGGUGUAUAUUUUCCGUUACUCGAUGAAGAAGUGCCCGACGGUUAUGAGGUGUUGGAAACAACACCCACUGGACUGCCUGCGAAUCUCAAUCAUGGCUCUAUGCGUUCAACUGAGUGUUAUAUUUAUUAUAAACGUGGCAAAGAUCGACCGCCUCUGGUGGAUAUAGGUGUGCUGUACGAUGGGCAUGAACGCAUAAUGUCUGAUGCCGAAAUCGUCGCCGAAACACCGGGUGGACGCAUAGCCAAUGUGAAUAAUUCUUCCUCGAAAAUUUAUCUCACCUACCGACGCGCACGACCCGACAUGCCAUGCAACGAGUUAGUCGUCACAGAUUUAUGUGUCAUCGUGCAAAGUAAAGGUGAACGACCACCGCAUGCAUUCUGUCUCAUUUAUAAAACACUCAAUCGGGGUUAUAUGGGCAGUGAUGUGUAUUUAUGCUACAAAAAAUCUAUGUACCGUCCGAAAUUAAUCAGUUAUCAGCCAGAAAUUUUACUACGUUAUCCAACUGUCGAUCAUAAUGACUUUCCAUUAAAUCUCUGCCCAAGUGUGCCGUUGUUUUGUCUGCCAAUGGGCGCAUCGCUAGAGGCUUGGCCGCAUGUGAAAGAGGGCGAGAAGCGUAAACCCACAAGUCCUGUAUUUAGUACCUUUGUGCUGACAGUUAAUGAUGGCACAUACAAGGUGUAUGGUUCUGCAUUGACAUUCUAUGAGGAUUUUGAGGAAUCCGCAUUAAAUGAAAAACAGCGUGAACUCCUGGGCUGGGAUGAAAUGUUCGCGAAGCAGCAUUCAUUGCAUAUAAUCAAAUCUAUUUGCCUUUUAUCACACUAUCCAUUUGGUGACACUUUUGACAGAUGGCUGCGUUACUUACAUCACUUGGCCGUGCACGGGGUAGAUUUACCAGUAUCAAUUGAACGUUACGUAACGCAAUUGUUGGAUGAAGUACAGUUUCCAGCGCCUAGCAUACAUUUGCAACUUUCCAGCGAGCCGAAAGAUCGCAUAUUGCUCACGCAACCGGAAGACUCGCCCUUACCACGCAGCGGUGCUGGCUUCCACAUGUUGCUGCAAAAUUUGGGCACUGAUAAUUGUCUGCAUGUAAUGCUGUUGGCCUUGACGGAGCAAAAAAUCUUAAUACACUCCUUACGGCCCGCCACAUUAACUGCAGUUGGUGAGGCCAUUGUUUCGCUGCUAUUUCCCUUUAAAUGGCAAUGUCCGUACAUACCAUUGUGUCCACUUGGCUUAGCGGAGGUCUUACAUGCGCCAUUACCAUAUUUAAUAGGUGUCGAUUCACGUUUUUUCGAUUUAUAUGAACCGCCACAAGAUGUGACUUGUAUCGACUUAGAUACAAACACGAUCAGCUUGUGUGAAUCACAAAAGAAUUUGACGAUAAAAUUAUUGCCUAAACGUGCUGCGCGUAUUUUGCGACAAACACUCAACGAAUUGGAAGUUCUAAAAGCCACACACAUCGAAUCAACAAAUAGUCUUGACAGGGAUCUAAGAAAACGAAAGCGUGAGCAAGAUCUCGAACAACGAAUACAGGAGGCCUUUCUACUCUUCAUGGCAUCGAUUUUACGCGGCUAUCGUGACUACUUAACGCCCAUAUCGAAGGCGCCCUCCGUCGGCGCCACAGAUCCAAGUGCCUUAUUUCAGUUGAAGGCGUUCUCGCGAUCGCGCGAUAAGGCGCAUCAGAAAUUCUUUGAACUACUCAUGAAAACACAAAUGUUUAUACGUUUCAUUGAGGAACGUUCCUUCGUCUCCGAUGGCGAUCAUGGUCUCACAUUUUUCGACGAAUGCGCGGAAAAGGUGGGCGCAUACGAUGACACACCAUCAGACUUGCGCUUGAUUGACUGGGAGUCGGGACAGAAUAGCGAGCGUACGAAGUACAUAUUCCCACCCGAUAGCGUGGGCCCCAAUAAAGAUACUUCCGGCGCAGUUUACAAUUAUACCAACUUCACACUGAAUCCCAGCCUUUUGAAAUCAUCGAAGAAGACUGCGUUAAACCACUUUCUACAACAGCAGUUGAAUGGCUCGCUGGCGCCCGGUUCACCAAUAGCGCGCCGCACAAAGCACGAGAUCAAAAUGUCGCAAAAAAUGGCGCGCCGCUGUCAGAUGCAUCCGGAGGCGUGGUCCAAAUAUUUGCUAGCCACCUGCUACUCGAUUUACUUCCUCAUACUGCCGUCCAUGGUGAAUGAGACGCGACAGGCGAGCAAGGAGCACGAUACAUUGCGCGCCGCCUACGAUAUGCUGGUGCGCGCAUCCAAACUAAAAAUCACCUGUGAUGAGUUCUGCUACCGCAUCAUGAUGCAAUUGUGCGGCAUACACAAUUUGCCCGUCUUAGCUGUGCGCCUGCACUAUUUAAUGAAGCGCUCGGGCGUGCAGCCGAACGCACUCACCUACGGCUUCUACAAUCGCUGCGUGCUCGAGUCGGAUUGGCCCAGCGACAGCACGACGCUCAGCCAGUUACGUUGGAAUCGCAUUAAGAACGUUGUGCUUGGCGCAGCGCAUUUUCGACGCGCCGGCAAGCGUCAUGCCGCCAAGAAACCACUCUCGGCCUCGUGUGAGAACAAUCUAAGCACGCUGGAAACGGUGGAUGGCACCUCGCGCACCAGCUUAGAUUCCUCGACGUCGUCGCAUAUGGAACGCGGCGCUGGUGACGCGCACGCAUACAGCGUGACACUGCUCGACUUUUCGGCAUUCGACAAGCUGCGCGGCAAACUCGGCAGCAUUGUGCGGCAGUCAGCUAUGGCAAUGGGCGCGCAAGAUCCAGCAGGCGAUGUGAUCAGUUCAACUGCCGGUCUGCUGAUAUCGGGUGAGAGUAAAGCGAGUGGUGAAAAGUCGGCCGGCGAUAAGAGCGCAGUGCCGACGAGCACAUCUGCGCCACACACACCAAGCAGUCCACACAGCCCGGGCUGUGAUUUGGGCGUUGUGGGCGCUGGCGGCAAGCUGCAAUUGACUAAAACGGAGAGCUUUGGCGGUGACGCGCAGCUGCUGGAUAAAUUGCAACGCAAACAAUCGCUGCCGAGCGAGACGAGUGGGCCGCGCUAUAAGAUAAUGAAUAUUGGUGAUGGCGAAGAGUACAUAGCGGAUGAUGUAACGGCGCUGAAAGAAAACGAAAUGGAGCAUGACAUCGCGAGCUCGCAAGAGGAGCUGGACUUUGUGGCGCGCAGCGGAGAUAUGAGUGUGGAGCACGAGGAAAUCAACAACUUGCAGAGUCCAACGAAAAUAUCGCCGCGUACGCCGGUCACGCAAAACGAUCCGCUCGGCGCCUUGAAUGAAGAGCUGCAAGAUCAAACUACGCCCACAAACACCAAAGAGCCAGCAGGCGACCAACCAAACGCUGACGCAAAUAACAGCACUAUGUAUACCGAUAAGCCGAUAUUGUUCAAGGGUCAACGUAGCGCGACCUUCGACGAAUCGACGCAUUUGAGUAAGAGCAUGCAGCGCUCGGAGACAAUGCCCGGCUCAAGCGUCGCCUCGAGCUUAGCCAAUUUCGGCUCAUCCAUUAAAUUCAAUAUUGGACGUUAUUCACCUGCACGAUUCUCAUUUAAGAAAGACAGUUUCAAGCCCAACAUUAUUAUAGAAAAUAUUUCGAAUAUAAGGUAGUGGAGCGUCCCGAGUGUGAUGUACUCAUUCAAAUCACAUCGUGCUCGCAAUGCCACAACUGUUCGGUAUUAGUCUAUGACGAGGAGAUUAUGUCCGGUUGGUCGGCCGAGGAUUCCAACUUGAAUACAACCUGCCAUGCAUGUAAUAAAUUAACCGUGCCAUUCCUGAGCGUGCAAAUUGUGGUGGACGACUCUUUGAAGGCGCUCAAGCAAUCAGACAGCUUGACAAUUCCAUAUCUAAAUCCGCUGGUUUUGCGUAAAGAGCUCGAAAAUAUACUGACACAGGAGGGUGAUAUAGCGCUGGUGAAGCCAAGUUUCGUGGAAGAGCAUCCUAUCAUUUAUUGGAAUCUAUUGUGGAUCAUGGAACGUAUUGAGAGUAAAACGCACUUGCCAGAGCUUUGUUUGCCCGUGGCGUCUGAUGAGGAGUGCGAUCCGCUCAGCAAGGUGAAGACUGUCAGCAUUCAAUGCCUAUGGGACAAUUUAAGACUACACAGCGAAGCUGGUCCGCCCAUGUAUAUACUGCAUAAACAAAAUCAGCCAGCCAGUCCGCUGCUGAAAGCGCUACUCACCGAUCAGGCGCAUUUGAAUAAGAAUGUCAUUCAACAAAUAAUUUCAGCCAUACGCUGCAAUGAUCUGCUAACGCCCGUCAAGCGCUUAGCCAAUGAGCGCCACAAGUUGCAGAAUAACGGCGUCAAUCGCACACACUCGAUUUAUCGUGAUAUACUCUUUUUGGCGCUCACCGCCAUCGGACGCUCCAAUGUCGACUUGGCCACAUUCCAUCGCGAAUACGCUUCGAUCUUCGACAAGCUGACCGAAAAGGAAUGUAAAAUGUUCUAUCGCAAUCAAGAUCUGCCACCGUCGGCGGCAACCAUCUUCUGUCGCGCCUACUUCAAACCGUUAUUGCUUCCUUGACGUGAAAUCAAUUAUAUGCAGCACGAUUUCCACAACAACAACAAGAAUGCGAAGACAGCAAAUACCAAUGCGCAUGAAGAGAGCGUGGCGGCAGCGUUAAGCGAUGCUGCAGUUGACAAUGAUGUUGUGUAAUAUGAAAAUGUAAAUUGAAUUAUGGUAUGAUAAUAACGUGAAAAACAAGUAAGAUAUACGAUGAUGCUGUGGUUUCGAACGGAAAUGGCAAUCUUAAGACGGUACAUAAUAACUUUACAGACUUAUGUUGGAUAAAUUAGUGUGCGUAUGUGUGUGAGGUGUUUGGGACGUGUGCGUGUGUGUGUGUGAAUGCCACGAAAUCUCGUUUACACUUUGAAAGUUUAAAAUAUAGUUUAGCGUAGGAAAUUAUGCCACAUACAUAAUUAUAACGGAACUCAUCUGUUGACUUUAUGGCCUUGAAAUUAGUUUGA